CUGUCAGAGGAGGAGAACGCUGUGCCGCAGCUCUCUGACACAAACAACAACUAUGCGGCUGUAGCCGAGUGAGCAAGACUGACUUCAGGUUUUCGUGCACACGGAAUCACCGACUAACUUCCCGCCGGUGUUUCGCAUCGUAUUUAUUCUGGAAAUGUAUCCCUAAAGCUUUUUGUCGCCGGCUAACUGGAUAGCUUCCGGGUUAGCUUCCCAGUUUGGACCAGAAAGUUUGCAGCCUCCGGACCUAACACUCAACUAAAACCCGCCACUGUGCAGUUCCAUCUGCAGUGUUUGUUUUAUAAAUUGGGAGAUUUUUUUUUUUAAAAAACAAAAAAAUGGAAUCCGAUAAGGUUUUUGGCUUCACCAGCCCCAUGAGCGGCCACCUGAAGAGCAGGCCCGACGGGAUCCCCGGGCUCGCCUCGCUGUCGCUGCCCGAGCUGGGUGCCAAGACCUCGCAUUGCAUCAGGACUCUUUACUCCCCCGGACCCGCGACUGUGCUCUCCCCUGUCACCAAUUUGGCUCUUAACAUGAACAACCUCGCCGGACUCGGAGGCCAAUGUGAUACCCCCAAAAGGAAAAAGAAUGUGCCCCUUGUGAAGAUCCCCUCCUUUGCUUCUGACGCCUCAUCUGAUGCUGGCCUCGGCAUGGACCCCCCCAGCCCCAUGGAUGCCGACGAUAUAGAAGACACAUUUGAAAAGGCCAUUCAGCAGUCCAGCAGAGUGGUCAACAGUAAGAUGCCAAUUCGAAGGAUCAACUCAUUACCACCCCAGCUCCUGGGUUUCAGCCCGGCACUGAAGAGACAGGAAACAGACUCUGAGCGCUACGGUAUAUUUGGCCGACGACCUUCCCAAAUGACUGCCUCCACCUCCGAAUGUGACAACAAAGAGAACAUGCCAGAGGAGGUCUUUGAAUUCAAGAAACCAACCGUGCCAGUGUCGCGGUGCCGCAUGCGCUCCUUCACCAGCGGCGAGUCAAAGGACACCUUCGCCCGCCGACCCAACUCGGCACCAGCCCUCAUGCUUUCCCCUCCUCCUGCCCAGCGGCUUGAAUUUUGUGACAACAGCCCCAUGUUCCUCAGACGUUCCUCACUCACCUGCUCCCUGACUGACGACGAUGAUGACGGCUUCCUGGACGUACUGGACGACAACCUUGAGAACAACUCUGGGAUGCCCGUAGGAAUGGACAGCUUGCUCAAUGCCCCACUGGUGUCCAGCAGUAAAGAAGACGACUCUCCUGUGAUCCGCUGUCGGCCGCGCGGCCUGUUUCGCUCCCCCUCCAUGCCCAGUCCAGUGUCCCGCCACCCGGUGAAGCGCCCCGACUGCCCCAGAGACGAAAACACUCCUGUCAGGGUGAAGAGGCGGCGCAGCCUGGCAGGAACACAAGUCAGCACCCUGGAGCAAGACGCCGAAUCCCCGCGGAUGGCCUGCUCCCUGGUCCAGAGGUCCAAGUCCUUCUGUCAGACAGACAUCGAGAAGCUGCUGGACUGUGAGGAAGGUGCCAAGGACCUGAUAGGAGAUUUCACAAAGCCUUUCGUACUACCCACCGUGGAGGGUAAACACCAGGACCUCAAAUACAUUACCUCAGAGAUUAUGGUGGCCGCUCUCAACGGCCAGUUCAAUCACAUGGUCGAACGCAUCAUCGUAAUCGACUGUCGCUACCCCUACGAGUUUGAGGGAGGACACAUCAAGGGAGCUCUGAACCUGCAUGAGGAGGGGCAGGCGGAGGACUUUCUCCUCAAAACCCCCAUCACCCCGUCCUCCCCGGACAAACGCAUCCUCAUCAUCUUCCACUGCGAGUUCUCCUCGGAGCGCGGCCCUCGCAUGUGCCGCUUCGUCAGGGAGCGAGACCGCGCCAUGAACGACUAUCCCAAACUCCACUACCCCGAACUCUACAUCCUCAAGGGAGGGUACAAGGAAUUCUUCCCUCAUUUCCAGGCUCAGUGUGACCCCCAGUCCUACCGGCCCAUGCACCACGAGGACUUCAAGGAGGACCUGAGGAAGUGUCGCCUCAAGAGUCGCACCUGGGCCGGCGAGCGCAGCAAGAGAGACCUGUACAGCCGCCUGAAGAACCUAUGAGCGCCGCCGCCUCCCACUGAACAUUUCGGCCUCCCCCCCGCCCCCGACACACACAGCGUCGAGUCCACCUGCCUCACGGAGCCUGAGGGAUUAUCUGUGGGAUUGUGCCAAGAGUUGGAGGUUUCACCAAGUCCCCAAGUUUCAUGCAACUAUAGCAAAGUUCAAUAUUUAUGCAAAUACGAGGGAAUGGCACGUUGGUGGUGGUGAAACACUUGACUUCAGAAAAUGUGACAGUUUUUGAAACCACUUGGGCAUACUUGCUGUUAUACAUUUAAUGUUUCAUGUUGUUGAUACAGCACAGGUCACUGCCAGAUCGCAAUAUUACAGUCUAACCACAAAACCACACUGCCAAGUUUGUCUUUCAGUCUCCUCACUGGACGUUUUUUUUUUUCUUUUCUUUUGUAUUUGAGUCCCACCUUAUUUAAGCACUUAAGUUAAUACCGUGAAAUGGUGAGGUGCUUUUUUUUUUAUUUUAUUUUUUUAUUUUGAGUUUUAUAUGAAUUGUGUUAACCCCUUGUUAAAAGUUGGUUUGAUAUGAGUGUGAAUAGUUUGCCUGUCCCUGCCACUACAUUUCCCCAAGAUGCAAGUGAAAGUUUAAAAUUGGAUAUUUUUAAAGACCAUUUAUAAAAUGUAUAAGAGUGAUACAGCGCUUUUUUUUUUUUUCCUGCCUGGUCAGUUGCAAUUUGACUUUGUCUUUUUUUUUUUUUUUUUAAUUAUUAUUUUUAUACCAGAAGAUACCAAAGCAAACUACCUGUUAACUUUGCAGUGAGAUUUUUUUUUCCAAAUGCUGCAGGUCAGCAAGUGUGAGAAGGGUUUUUCAUUUUUAAGAAAAUGCCUUGUUUUGCUUUGAGUCCCUCUUUUGUUUUGUUAUUUUUUUACUUUUUUUUUUUUUUAAGAGGAAAAAUGUCCUUUUGCAGAGUAAUUUUCAGUUAAUGAGUGGGGUGUCUUGAAUUUUGGUGCAGGCUCAUGGGGGAGCUGCUGAAAUAAAGAGCUGAUGCAAGUGUAA